CGGAAGCGCGUCCGUCCACGAUGGCGGCGGGGCGGGCGGGCGACGGCCCGUCGGUGCUGUUCAUCCACCCGGACCUCGGGGUCGGGGGCGCGGAGCGGCUGGUGGUGGACGCGGCGCUGGCGCUGCAGGCGCGAGGCUGCCGGGUCAGCGUGUGGACGGCGCACUACGACCGGGCCCGCUGCUUCGCCGAGUGCGGCGCGCUGCGCGUCACGUGCGCGGGGGACUGGUUGCCGCGCAGCCUGGGGGGGGGGCGGGGCGCCGCGCUCUGCGCCCUACUGCGCAUGCUCUAUCUGGCCUGCUACAUCGUGCUGCUCAGCGCCGAGGACAUGGACGUGGUCGUCUGCGACCAGGUGUCCGCUUGCAUCCCGGUGUUUCGGCUGACCAGGCAUCGCAAGAAGAUUCUCUUUUACUGCCACUUCCCCGACCUCCUCCUCACCGAGAGAAAUUCUCUGCUGAAGCGACUGUACAGGGCCCCGUUGGACUGGUUGGAGGAACGCACCACCGGCAUGGCCGACCACGUUGUCGUCAACAGCCGUUUCACGGCCGGCGUCUUUAAGGAGACCUUCAAGUCCCUGGCGCACGUAACCCCAGACGUCCUCUACCCGUCUUUAAACUUCAGUAGCUUCGACACCACGGCUCCCGCGGCUAUCGACGACUCGAUUCCCCGGGGCAAGGAGUUCCUGUUCCUUUCCAUCAACAGGUACGAACGGAAGAAGAACCUCCCCUUGGCUUUGAAGGCUCUGCUCGAUCUCCGGGGACGACUGGAUGCCCACGAGCGGGACAGGGUCCACCUCGUUGUGGCCGGCGGUUACGACGUAAGGGUUUUGGAAAACGUGGAGCACUACGAGGAAUUGAAAAGCCUGGCUAGCGCGUUAAACGUCAGCCGGCACGUGACGUUCCUGAGGUCGUUUUCGGACCGGCAGAAGAUGGCUCUCCUUCGUAAUUGCACGUGCGUACUCUACACCCCGAGCAAUGAACAUUUUGGCAUCGUCCCCUUGGAGGCCAUGUACCUGCAGUGUCCCGUCAUCGCCGUUAAUUCGGGGGGCCCUCUGGAAUCCAUCGUGGAUAACGUGACGGGGUUUUUGCGGGACCCCGAUCCGGAGCAGUUUUCCGAAGCGAUGGCAAAAUUCGUGAGGGACCCCUCCCUGAAAACUGCGAUGGGAGUGGCUGGGAGAGCCAGGGUGAAGGAGAAGUUUUCCUCGGAAGCAUUUACGGAACGGUUGUACCGUUACGUUAGUAACUGACCGAGUUAUCGCGGAGAAAACCCUCGCCGCCUUUACCAGGGAGAUGGUCCGCUGCGCGCUUGCAGAACACCGCAGGACUCAGAUAUUUAGUGUAGAAUGAGCGGGUCCUCACAAUGGUCACUUUUACUGAGUGAAAUUUUCACUUUUUGAACUCGGGCUACUGCCGAUCGGUCUUACCAAGGGGAUUGCGGACGCGUGAAACAGAAUCAGAAAUCAAUAAAUGUAAAGCACAGUGGAAAAUCAGAAAUCGAUGUUUGAUUGUACGAGGAACCCCGAAAGCGUUAAAUGGGUCACUCCGGUGGAUCGAGCACUGUACCAGGCAUGCUGAGUGCAGACUGCUGCACGCACCGAACUCUUUGCGGAGCCCUGUGCCGAUCAUAUCGUCGCAACAGUAUCAGCGGACCUUUAAACUGCACGAUCUUUACGGGGGACCUAAUGGUGUCUGAUUUUGAAAUUCACAAUCUGAGGAGGCAGUUCGUCGUAGGGCGGUUGGAACAGAAAAUAAGGGUUGUUUUAAGCACACGGCGCAUCUGCGUAUUUAGUUGCACGAUACCUCUUGUUUGGACGCUUUCUCGGAGCCCGAAAGGUUCCUUACGUUUGUCCCAGCCCACGCACGACGCACGCUACCCUCUGUACUCCCCCGGCACGGAGCAGCCCCCAGGUGGGAGGGAACCUGGGGAGCAUGAGGCAGUUCUAGAUCGCCUCUCUCGAACAUCCCCUUUCGGCUUUAGGGAAUCAGAAACGGGAACCAUCUCCGGCAGGACGGCUCCGGUUAGACGAUAGAUCUCCGGAGCCGGUGAGGUGCCUGUGACAUGGGCGGUGGGCGGGGGUUGAGUCAGCCUGAAUCUGACGACAAGAAGGACGAGAACUGCCGAGAGAAGCGGCGAAAGGGGCAACAGAAAAACUUCCCUGCAGGAUUUCUCUGCCCUGGGGGAGAGAGAAAGACUUGCUUAAAAGAGGAAGGAGCGGGUGCAGAAGAAAUAAAGAUGAUUUGAAGAAUCGA